ACGCCUGCAUAUGCAGUAAAGUGUGCUUCAAAAUUUCACAUGAUAUCUAAUUAUCAUAUGAUGGAUUGUUAAUCUUUGUGAGUACCCCUUGUACUCAUUUUUUAAUAUAUUUUCUGAAGUUUCAAAAAAAAAAAAUUAUCAUAUGAUGGAGUUUGCAUCUUUUAUGCUACUACUAUGCAUCGCCUUUUCAUGCUUCCAUCUUCUAAACUUGAAACUCCGGCAGCGGCGAUCAUUGCCGGGCCCAUACCCUUUUCCGAUAAUCGGAAACAUCCACCAACUCGGCCCGAAACCCCACCAAUCCCUCACCAAUCUCUCCAAAAUCUACGGCCCUCUCAUGCAUCUCAAGCUCGGCAGCGUCCCCAUUAUCGUCGUCUCCUCCCCCGAAAUCGCCCGACAAAUCCUACAGCGGCACGACCAAGCUUUCCCGGGGAGGAUGACGACGGCCGCAACCAAAGCACUCCGUCAUCACCUCUUCUCGGUCGCCUGCCUCCCCGCCGGCAGCAGCCAGUGGCGGAUCCUACGUAAACUAUGCAGAGAGGAGAUGUUCUCGACGCCGCGCCUGGACGCCGGCCGGGCGCUGCGGCGGCGACAGCUGCAGAAGCUGCUCGAUUACGUCGACAAAUGCUGCGUUGAUCGGAAAGCUGUGGAUAUUAAUGAAGCCGCGUUUGUGACGUCGCUUAAUUUGAUAUCGAACACGCUCUUCUCGAUGGACUUCGCGGAUUAUUAUGGCCAGGGCUUGUCUCAUGAACUGAAGGAGAUUGUUCAUGGACUGAUGCGAGCUUUCGGGAGUUUCAACGUGUCGGAUUAUUUUCCGAUGGUGGGAGUGUUUGAUCCGCAGCGGAUUAAGAGGGACGCGGGGAGUUAUAUGGGGAGAUUGAUGGUGGUGUUUGAUGGCAUCAUUGAUCGGAGGGAGGAGUCGCCGGAGAAGAAGGAUGAUUUGCUGGAAGCGCUCAUGGCCCGCCAAAACCACUCGGAGUUGUCACGCGACGAUAUCAAACAUUUACUUCUGGAUCUAUUUGUAGCAGGGACAGACACAACAUCAAGUACGGUAGAAUGGGCAAUGACAGAAUUAAUGCGCAAUCCACACAUACUAUCCAAAGCAAAGACAGAGCUCCAAAUCAUCCUCGGACAAAACAAAGCAGUGCUCCAAGAAUCGGACAUCUCCAAACUCCCAUAUCUACAAGCCCUCGUCAAAGAGACCUUCCGCUACCAUCCGCCGGGCCCUUUCAUAGCGCGGCAGAAGGACGGGGACGAUGCCGAGAUCGGGGGACACCUCGUGCCCGGGAACGCAGUCGUUCUCAUCAACAUAUGGGCCAUAGGCAGGGAUUCAAGAAUAUGGGGGAAUCCGGAUGCAUUCCAGCCGGAGAGAUUCUUAGAUGGGGAUAUAGAUGUCAAGGGGCAGGAUUUCGAGCUCAUUCCUUUUGGCGCCGGCAGGAGAAUCUGCCCCGCCCACGCGUUGGCGCACAGAAUGCUGCAUCUCAUGCUCGCGGCUUUCAUUCACAACUUUGAUUGGAGAGUUGAAAAUCAAGUGGAUGUGACUGAGAAAUUUGGUCUUUCGCUGCAGAAGGCUUUGCCUCUCAAGGCUAUGCCCAUCAAACUGUGACUCUUUACUAUGCUCAAAUGAAUUAUCAUGUUAAUUGUUUUAAAAAUAAAAAUAAUCUUAUAUAGUCGAUCAUAAUUCAAACUCAUCAAUCGUGCUACUAAUGAUAGUUGUGUAUGAGUUUUACCAUCGGAUUACAACUCUCUUUCUCUCUC